CUCUUUAUAAGGAGGAAAGUAGAUCUCGGGUCGGUAUAUCAAUCCACGCUCAGGUAAUUUUUUCUAAAAAUCAGAGUAUAUGUAUCAAUAUACACCACUGUACCGCAGCCUAAUUAAAUAUCUAAACAGUGCGUUGCAGCGAGGUUGCCUCUAAGAGGCAAGUCGGCGACAUUUUAUAGGUUUACUAGGUGAACUACAUAACAUGGCGGAGCGAUCGGAAGGUGGUUGUGCGCGUUUUCCUUUUGGAGAAGUGCAGCGAGUUUUGGAAAUUGGAGAGGUUGAGCUUGACUGAACUAAGGUGAAGGCUUUUGGGGGGGAACUUGCCACUUCUGAAACUUGCCUCACUAGUUAUAGGGGGACCUGAGGCAUUUUUUCCCUCCCCUCACACCCUGACUGUUAGUUCUUCUUGUUCGUUUAUCUGCGGCUGACUGGUAUAUAGUGGACUUGGGGACACAGGCGCUUGGCUAGCGUUCAGAGGCAUUGGUUGUCUUCUGAAUAUAAUGCUACCUAGCCAGGCUGGCUCGCCACCGAUAGGAAGCGGGUCAGCGUCCGACGGGGACAACACAGGUCACGGCACGGUGGUGCUCGGAAGCGGGAACCGCGCCAGCUCGGUGAGAACGGGGUUUAUAGUGACUGGGCUCAGCGACAACGCCGGCAGCGCGGUCGGGCGCCAGAGGGACGCAUCGGGGAUGCUGGGGGGAAACGGGGCAGGCGUUGGUUCCAGAGGUGGGGCAAGGCCGGGGAACGGAGCGGGGCUAAGCGGGCUGCAGAACGCCAGCCAGGCGGGUAUCGGCGGUAUGAGUGCGGGAGUCGGCGUGCCCGGCGGCGCCAGGUAUGACAUGAACAGAGAGAGCGCACAGCAGGUGUGUAGCGGCUCCGAAGCCGACUCGGACUCGGGAGAUGACGAUGACCCGAUGGGUUCAGUCGGGGACAGCCGCAGGGCGGUGAAGCGAGAGAGGGCGGAGAUGGAAGCGGCGGCGUCCGCGGGACAGGAGUCUUGCAUGCAGCCUGGCUAUGGCGUAGCCUCGGGGAGCGUCACUGGGGCCAAGCCCGGGAAGAAGACCCGCGGCAGAGUGAAGAUUAAAAUGGAGUUUAUCGACAAUAAGCUGCGGCGCUACACAACUUUCAGCAAGAGGAAGACUGGUAUAAUGAAGAAGGCCUAUGAGCUGUCCACGCUGACUGGGACGCAGGUCCUGCUGCUGGUGGCCAGUGAGACCGGCCACGUGUACACGUUCGCCACACGCAAGCUGCAGCCCAUGAUCACCAGCGAGACGGGCAAGGCCCUCAUCCAGACGUGCCUGAACUCACCCGACUCGCCGCCGCGCUCCGACCCCACCUGUGACCAGCGUAUGAGCGCCACGGGCUUCGAGGAGACGGACCUCACCUACCAGGUGUCCGAGUCCGACAGCUGCGGGGAGAGCAAGCAGGACACACUGAAGCCAGCCUUCACAGUAGCCAACUUGCCAGGGACGUCCAGCGCGCAGGCCACGGUGCCGACCACGUCCACGACCAUGCAGAUCAGCAGCGGCCCGUCCUUCCCCAUCACCAACUACCUGGCGCCCGUGUCUGCCAGCAGCAGCGUCAACAGCAUCACCAGCGCCAACGGCACCGUGCUCAAGACUUCGGCGGCCUCAGCCGGCGUUAUGCAGCUGCCCAGCGGCUUCACCUUCAUGCCCGGGACUUCGUUGGCGCCUGGCACCCCCACCAUUCCGCUGGGCCAGCUGCAGCAGCACUCGCUGGCCAUCCAGGGCCAGCAGGCCCAGUCCAUCCCUGCCGCGCCCGUGCAGCAGAACCAGCAGGCUGUCUUCCGCUUCCCUACCACAGUCUCCCUCGCCGGGGCCGGUAUGACCCAGCAGCUGCAGGCCAUCCAGGUGCAUCCAACCACGCAGCAGAGUGGCAACCCCAGCGACGGCAGCCAGGAGAUCUCCCAGGCUUCUACAAGCGCCACAGUGAGCCUCCCAGCCACCAUCGUCACCACCCCGGUGCCCACGUCCAUGGCGGGGCACAUAUACCCAAGCCCCCACACGGUGAUGUACGCCUCCACACCCGCGCUGGCUGACGGCAGCCUCACGGUGCUGAAUGCCUUCUCGCAGGGAUCCUCCGCCAUGCAGGUGUCCACACAGGGCCAGGACACUGGAGCUGUACCUCAUGUGUUCCUCACAGCGCCGGUCUCCGCAGUGCAGAUCCACCCAAUGGUGAUUGGGCAGCAGGCAAGCGGCGGGGGCAGCGGUGGUAACCUGACAGAGCUGCAGGUGGUCAACCUGGACGCCCCGCCCCACAAUGCAAAGAGUGACUGAUGGACAGCGAGGCCGGGAAAGGGGGCGGCUGCAGGAUAGGCUGCCGCUGCUCUUAUCGACACUUUUCAACAGUACCUUUUAUUUUAAACACCUUAUUUAGACGAGUAUAGAAACACUGCAGCAUAGGAGUGAGAUGGAUGUUUCUACCUUCUGUGGAUCUGUUCUUGUCCACCCAGAACUUUUUGGACUUGAGACAUGCACACUGCAGGUGCUGUGGCUUUAGCCAAAGAGACUUUUUUUUUUUUUUUGUGUGUGUGGGUGUGUGUUUCUAUGUAUGGGGGAAGAUUGGAUGGGAAGGGAAGUUUCAGAUCCAAUGUAAUGUAGAAAUGUACAUUUUUUUUUUUAUUGAAAGAUUUGGUAUUUUUAGCACGCUGUGCCAUGGCAUGUGGCUGUUUUUAAUGUUUUGUAUGUAUAUGUGACUCAUUUCUAUGUAAUUUACACAGGUAUGUAAAUUGAAUGUAAUAUAUUUCUAUAUUAUGUUGAGCAGUUAAGGGGGAGAGCAGACAAUGUCAAGCCAUUUUUUUUCCCCUCUCUCUCCCCUUUUGCCUCUUGCAUUUGGGUGAAACUUUGUGCCAAAAUGUAUCCACUGCCGCGGCUCCAUCCAUUUCUUUUGUAGUGUGUACACACACCCCCUCACCAUCCCUACACUGACAAUUAUAUAAAAACAUAGGCACCGUCAAAGGUCUGCCUGCAGUUCCGUCACUGGCAUUACGGUGGCAUUUCUGGUGAGAGGAAAGGAGCCUGGGUAACACAGCGUGGACCUGCUCUUCCUUGUGAUUGGACACAGCGUUGGCAUCCUGGACACGGCAGCCCGCAGACGACUCUGCCGCUGUCUUUCGGUACGGCACGUUCUGUUAACGUUUUCAGCAGGUAAUGUUCAUGUGGGCAUCUGGUCCCUGUGCCUUUACCCCUGUACAGCCUGGUCAUGGAAUGCUUUCCUAGGAGUGUUUUGCUGCUGGAAUCUCUAGGCGUUAUACUGAGACCUGAUGCAACUCUACAGCAGCUUUGGCGAUGGACGACGGCACGCUCCUCCUCUGUUUGAGUCCAGUGUCUGGGUCUACUCUGCAGGACCCCGGCUGGGCUGAAGGAUGCAAAAUUGUAGAAAAUGUAUCACGAAUAAUUGCUGAGCAACUCAGGAAAGCCAUUUUUGUCAUGUAUUCUGGACAUACGCCUUGGACAUACUGUAAAGGUGGUGGUCUUUGCCGUUACUGGACCGCUCCACUCUGUGUGGUUCUCCAGAGCCUUCUGAUGCAAAGAAACAUUUCCGCACUUUCAGUUACUAAAUGUACCCCAGUCGGCGUGGAGGUGAUCCUCAUCAUGGCCAGAGGCUCCCUGGGCACCGGCUGCUCCUCCGCACACCAUCAGUCUCAGCAUCUGCUCAUGGUUGCUGAUCCUUGUGGUUAUCAGCUUGUUUAUGAAGAAGCUUGUGAUAGAUUAUCACAGGGGCCCAGGGAAGCAGGUGUGGGAGGUGCUGCCGUGCCAAUGUGAUUUGUUGAGUAGAGCCAGAGGCUGCUCUGAAAGGUCAGCGCUGUCUUCUGGCGGCUGUUUGGUCGAUCAGAUCACCCUCUGCUCAGACAUCCUACAAGAAAGGGACUCUUGACUGUUAACCCUUGUCUGUUGUUAAGCUUUUUUAUUAUUAAAGACUGUUGAACAUCUGCUCAGUUUACUAGGCACAUGAUA